UAACGGGUGGCAACGUAUAUGGAUGAUUUAGUCUAUUCAGCGUUACCUUUGGGCGACCCAACUCGUUAGUUAGGAGCCCUCCAACGUAGUACAGAAGAGUACGAACUCCUCAUCAACAAUGACGCAUCAGCUACUGCAGCUUCAUUCUCACUCUGCCAACAAACUACAUAUUCUUUUUAAAGUUUUGCUGCUCGAAGCUGCUCUGAGCAAAUUGGAAAAAGAGCUUCGCAUCAUCACGAACAAGGUAUAUGAAGAUGUCAAGGUUGUCCUGAUGUCAUCUUUUUCAACAAGUGUCUACAACGACAUCUGCAAGGCUUUAAAUGAGAAAUAUCAUUUAAUAGACAGAGUCUCGGUUCUACUGAAAGACUUAACAUUUGAGUCAAGAAUUUGUCUGCAACCUUUACGCAAAAAUGGGGUAACAACAAACCUAUGCCAACCAUUGGGAGUGAGAGGGAUCCUGUAUAAUAAUGAACUCGGGUUUGGACCUAUGUUGCAGAACUCCAUUAUGGCCACUUCCAUAAUCGAAAUGGUCCAGAUGCUGAGAGCUAGACAGGGUUUUCAAUGGCUGACAAGAUUCUCCACCCCUCUGCUCGGAGCAGUCAAGGUGGAUACAAUGCCUAUUGAAAAAUGCUCUAUUGACACUGUCUACAAAUCAUUUUGGCAGGACGCUGAAGGACAAGAACUAAAAACACAGCUUGAGGAUAAAUGCCAACUGGAGGCUACGAUUAUCGGUAUUCCUACUGCCCUCAUUAAGAGCCCAAAGGUCAACACCGAGCCAACUGCAAAGUUUUUUGGGGGACUUCAAGAUGUCCAUACUCAACGCAAAAAACAAACUACCACCCAACUGCUGCACUUCCUAAAAGCACAAGCCAAAAGUGUGGAGUCACUCGAGGCCUUUGUCACCACACAGCCAUCUGUGGCAACACAAAGUGAAGGUUCUUCUAUCAGACAUGUGUCACAUGAAGAGAAUGAUGCAAAAGCCCCAAAGACACUGCUGACAGAUAUGGUAAACAACAAGCCUGUUUUCAGGCUCAAAAGGGUCAAUUCAAAUGGCUUGCUUACAUAUGUUUGUGUGAUUGCAACCAACACUGAAUUGUGGGAUUUUGGAGAUGUUGAAACAAUUGUCACAGCAGGCGAGGCCCAGAGAAAAUCCAUGAACUGGUGCUCAUACAAUAAAGCCUGCCCAAGUGAAAUAUUUGAGGGAGACGAGGCGUGCACAAUUACAAACCUAACACUCCCAUAUGAACAUUCUGAAAAUGAUUCUCCAAAAAAGCCCCAAACUGAGUCGGCAAACAUUCCAGAGUUCCAGGUGCGAAAGUUUGAGGAACCUGAGGUUGUUGUGUCUCAUGUUGUAAGUCCGAGCAACUUCUACAUCCAGCACGCUGACUCCAUCACCAAGCUGCAGGCACUUUUUAAUGGCUGGGAAUCCAGUAGUUCUUAUGCUGAGCAGAACUGCAUUCCAGACAUUGGAGCCCAUGUCAUCGCCCGGUUCCCUAAGGAAGAACAAUGGUGGAGGGCUCAGGUAACAAAGAUCUGUGGUGUAAACAAAGCCACUGAUGGAGCCGAGGAUGAGGCUUCCAUUAAGGUGGAGGUGAGAAGGCUGGAUCAUGGCGACACCGUCUGUGUUUCGCUGUGUAACCUUAAGGAGCUGAGCCCUGAAAUGUGCAAAUUACCUCUCCAGUCAAUGCAAGUCUCCAUUGCAAAUGUGAUUCCUAAAAAUGGGACAGACUGGACUGAGGAAGCGGUUGCUUGGUUCAAAGAUAUGGUCCACAACCGGACGUUCUAUGCCAGAAUUUACACAGACGGGCCCGGCGUGUCAGUAGAGCUUUUCUUGGAAAAGGGGAAGCUUGGAGCUAUUAGGAGGGGGCCGCCGUUGUCUUUGCGACUUGCUCAGAACGGACAUGCAAAACACAGCAAACUGAAGAUUAUGAGUUUGCCAAAAGACGAACGUGCGCGAAUCCAAUGGAGAAAACAGGAUUCAGACUGGGAGAAGUACCUCAUCUUACACUACACUGAUCGGAAAAAAUGUUCUGCUGUUGUCAGAGAAGGCCAUCGCCCCUGCUUUUAUAGACCAGCGCACAACUUUGCAUUUCCUGACGUUGUCCUGGAACCUCACAGACAUAGCCAUCGGUUAGGAUGGUCACCUUUGCUGCUUACACCACGUGUACAGCCGGCUAAGUCUGCUCUGGAGUCGAAGAUGAACUGGGGGUCCUUUUACGUCCUGGUCAGCGGCGUAAACAGGCACUCAACGGGCAUUGGUCGCAUUUGGCUCUCCGUCAUCUUCAUCUUCCGUAUCCUGGUCCUGGUGGUUGCGGCAGAGACCGUCUGGGGAGAUGAGAAAUCCGGCUUCAUCUGCAACACCCAACAGCCCGGCUGCAACAGCGUCUGCUACGAUCAGUUCUUUCCCAUCUCGCACAUUCGCCUGUGGGCGCUCCAGAUCAUCCUGGUCUCCACCCCGGCACUCCUUGUGGCCAUGCAUGUGGCCCAUCGCCGCCACAUUGAAAAGAAGAUCCUAAAGCGGGCGGGCCGUAACAGUCCCAAGGAGCUGGAGCUCAUCAAGAACCAGAAGUUUCUCGUCACUGGAGCUCUUUGGUGGACUUACAUGACCAGCAUUUUCUUUCGAAUUCUCUUUGAGGUUGCUUUUCUCUACAUUUUCUACAUGAUCUACCCUGGCUUCAGGAUGGUGCGCUUGGUGAAGUGCGAUUCGUACCCGUGCCCCAACACAGUGGACUGUUUUGUUUCCAGGCCUACAGAGAAGACCAUCUUCACUAUCUUCAUGCUGGCCGUGUCUGGAGUGUGCGUACUGCUCAACCUGGCCGAAGUGCUUUACCUCAUAGGCAGGGCCUGCAAACGAUUCUUCCGCCGCUCUGAGGAAGAGUCCAAAGUGGACUGGAUGAGUCAAAAAUUGUCGUCCUAUAAACUGAGGACAAUCAAUUGAUGGCUAAUAAUUUUUUUUACAGAGACAAAUGAAGGGCGAGCAGUGUUUUACGUUCUCACGCACAGCCCUUAAUUCGCAUUUUAAACGACUAAAUAACCACAACGCAUGUUGCUCAUUAUCCAUUCGACAGUAUUAUUUAUCGGCAGUGUUAAAUAGUGAACGUAUUUAUUUUUCAGAAUGUUUUUUCUUUUUCAGUUUUUACUAAGUAGUAUUUAUGUCUUAUCUUGUAGAAAGGUCAAGGUUCAUGGACCCUAUCAGCCCUAGUCCAUGUUUGAAUUAAAACCAUCUCAUUCAUAAUUUGAA